CGUAACAAUCUGCGUAAAAUUUCAGGAAGGAGCCGCAUCUUUUCCACAAGUUGACUGGAGAUACAUCUGCCUGACUCCAGGCUUGAUGUCCAGCCGAGCUGCACCGGAGCGGAGGCCAGUUCGGACGACGUAGAAGCGAGCGGAGCCGCGACGGACCGGCCGAGAGCUCGCCGCCGAAAAUGAGACUUUCAAUGUUUAUUUCCGUCGUGCGGCCAUUCGGCCCGGUGGUGGUAGGGAUUUCUUUAGGCUUCAUGCUGAGCAUGUUGAGUGUGAACUGGACGGAGGAAGCGUGUUUCAUGGACGGUGCGGAGGGCGAGGAUGUGUCUCCGGGACAGGACGGAAUGCUGAAAGGAGCCCGAAAACCCAACUCAAUUUCUGCUGCCAACUAUGCGGAAUCCGAGGAGGACUUCCAGCCGAGGAUAGUUCCCUACGAACAAGCCGCGCCGAGCGAGCCCAAGAAACUUUACAGGGCCAAAUACGUCAGCACAGAGCUGGGGAUGCGUGAACGUUUGUUUGUCGGCGUUUUAACCUCCAAGACCACCAUCAACAGCCUGGCUGUAGCCGUCAAUCGCACCAUCAGCCACCACCUGGACCCCGUGGUCUUCUUCACCGGCUCGCACAACCGCAAAGUGCCCCAUGGCAUGUUCGUGGUUUCCCACGGGGACGAGCGGCUCAUAUGGAACAUGUUUCAGACCGUCCGGUACAUUUUCGACCACUUCAUCAACGAGUACGACUGGUUCUACUUCGUCCAGGACGACACCUACACGGAGGCGGACCGGAUCAAGGCUCUGGUGGGACACCUGAGCAUGGACCGAGAGCUCUACAUGGGCCACCCGGAGGAGUUCAUCGGCGGGGAGAUGGAGGGACGGUACUGCUACGGAGGCUUCGGGUACCUCCUGUCUCGUAGUCUGCUCGUGCGGCUUCAGCCCUUCCUGGAGAACUGCAGGAACGACAUCCUGAGCGCUCGGCCCGACGAGUGGCUGGGAAGAUGCAUCAUCGAUUACACCCAAACUAACUGCGUCAGUGAAUACGAGGGACGGCAGUACCAACAUUAUGAGCUGGGAAAAAACUCCGAUCCAAAAAAAGAACAGAGCCCAGAGUUUCAGAACGCUCUGACCGUCCAUCCUGUCUCUGACCCUGAGCUGAUGUACCGGCUGCACCGAUACUUCACUGAGAUUGAACUCCAGAAGACUUACGAUGAGAUUGCUAAGCUGCAGGCAGAGAUCAAGAACGUGAGCGUGGUCGCAUUUGAAGGCAACCGAAGCGCUCACUGGCCCGUGGGGAUCAACCCGCCGUUUGAGCCCAAAGGUCGCUUCGACGUUCUAAUGUGGGAGUACUUCACCGAGGAGGAGAUCUACUCCUGCCUGGAUGAUUCUCCAAAGUGUGAGCUGCAGGGCGUCGAUCACAUGGACGUGGCGGACGUCAUUGACACCGCCGUCGAGGAGCUGAACAAGAAGUACAUGCCGGUCCUGCACCUGAAGAAGCAGCAGCUGAUUAACGGCUACAGGCGCUUCGACCCGAUCCGUGGCAUGGAGUACACCCUGGACCUGCAGCUGGAGGCCGUCAGUCAGAAAGGUCACAGCCGCUCCAUCACCAAGAGGGUCCACCUGGUGCGACCUCUGAGCUGGAUCGAGAUCAUUCCCAUGCCCUACGUGACCGAAGCCACUCGGGUCCACAUCAUCAUACCUCUUACUCACGACGACCAAAGUUACGUCGACCACUUUUUGGAAGUCUUUGCCUCCAACGCGUUCGAGACCAGCGAGAAUGCCAUCCUAACGCUGUUGUUUAUUUAUGAGCCAAAGGAGGCGCAACAGGUUAAUCAGAACGAUAUAUUUGCAAGCGUGAAAUCUCAGAUCGCCAAAUACGAGCACAAAUACCCGACGGUGAAAAUCCCGUGGAUCAGUGUCAAGACGGAAACGCCGUCGCAGAUCAAGUACAUGGACAUCAUCUCAAAGAAGCACCCGGUGGACACGCUGUUCUUCCUGGCCAAAGUCAACACGAACAUCAAUUCCGAAUUCCUCAACCGAUGCCGCAUGAACGCCAUCAGCAACUGGCAGGUGUUUUUCCCCAUCCACUUCCAGGAUUACAAUCCUGACGUGGCCUAUCACAACACGGAGCAACCGGCCACCAUCGAUCUGGUCAAAGACGCUGGUCGUUUUGACCGCCACUCCUUCGACGAGGCGUGCUUUUACAACUCUGACUACAUGACGACGCGCAGUCGGAUGGUGGUGGACGUCCAGGACAACGAGGAGAUCAUAGAGAGCCUGGACAUCUAUGAGAUGUUUGUCCAGUACUCCAGCCUCCACGUGUUCAGGGCCGUGGAGCCGGCGUUGCACCAGCAUUACACCUACCACGUCUGCAACUCCAGACUGAGCGAAGACCUCUAUCACCGCUGUGUUCAGAGCAACCUGCAUGGGAUUGGCUCUCGCUCUCAGCUCGCCAUGCUGCUAUUCGAACAAGAACAAGGAAAUAGCACUUGAAAAUACCCAGAAAAACAUUGACUCCUGUGCAUUUAAAGAGAUUUUUUUUUUUAUCAGGGGUGUGUUUUAAAAGGCUCUCGAUACGAGCUAGAGGUGAAGAAGAUGCAGCACAUCAAUUAAACCCAAACAUUUUACCUAAAUACAUCCCAUAUUUGGUGCUGUAGUUAAACAAGUGACUGAACCUGUCAUCCGUCAUUGACUGUGCAAAUCAAGGGCUAUUCGGUUGGAGAUGUUGGGUAUUUAUAAAGUGUGAAGGCAGUACAUUCCUAAAGAAAAUGUCUUGUGUAAUACUUGUCUACACAGAUGAGUUUCUAGAACCAAAAAAUAUUUUUUGCUCCUCUGAUAAAUAACAAAAUUGCAUUGGGCAAUUUUUGACCACUAGAGGGCAGAAACAGCAGACAGAUCAUAGACGCUUUCAGAGAGAUGUCACUGCUUAUUCUUGAGUUUGGGUCAGAAUCUCCAGCAGUUUUUCCUUAUAGUUAGCGUAUCUGAGAGGACAUACUGGGUACUACUGCUCUUGUUUUGUUUUUUUGUUUUUUUAAUGAAGUGGGGGUGCGUGUAGCAAAGCCAAACGAACAUACAGCGAGUUGCAGGCGACAGUGUUCAGUUGUUUUUCAUGACACACUCGUUGUGCUUCAUCGUCUUGUCAACGGUACUUUGAAUGGGAGUUUUACUGAUGGAUUUACGUCGGAGUGCUGCAGUUCUUGUGCCCCUUUAUAUGAGGGCAGUAAUUCAUUGCACUUUUGAUAUGUACUGAUCAGAGUAUGUAGAGAGAAAAGAAGUGCAUCUUUAUUCAUGUGCCUUAACGCUGACAUUUGCUAUGUUGGCUGUUACUUUUCAAUAAUCUUUAGGUUGGUUUUGCAGUUCACCUCUUUCAGGAGACGUACACUUAUUUUAUUUUUUGAGAUUGUUACAGAAAUACCUGCAGAGAAUGAAUGGAUGGGAAACGCAGUGGGGAAACGUUAGUGGGCUCUUGGUUAACUUUGCAUUAGUUACACGUACUUCCAGCCACUGACAGGCUGCAUGUGCCUCUGAGCAGAGCAGGGGUUUUAUAUGGCAAAUGAAAACACAUGCAUGAGAAGGUCAGCUCUGUGUUACUGAGAUUUAUUUUUUUUUUAUGUUAUGAGAAAGUUGACAUGCAGUGAUCAGAGUUACGAAUACGAAUAAUAAUCAUCUGGACAGAUGGCUUUUUUUUUUCUUUAUCCGAGUAGCAGUACUUUGAAAUUAUCGCUUGAAUAAUAGAUGAUAAACUUCUCAACACCACCAAAUACAGGUAUUCUUCUUCGAAAAGAAUCGUAUAGCUGUUCCAAAGUGUUUUGCUUUGUGUUGUACAAGAUGUUUUGUGUCGGUCAGCACUGGCUGCUCUCUUGUUGUGGCACGGUCCAAUGGGAGGUCUCUCCUGCACAGUGGAGGGUGUGUGAGUGUGUGUGUGUGUGUGUGUGUUACGUGGAGGUCAAUGGUACAAGACACUAGAAAGUUAUGGGUAUAUGAUAAUGUGCAAUAUUACAGUUAGCAUGGCUUGACCGGUGUCUGACAGAAGAUGGGACUUUUGAUUUUGAAGACAUUUGCUUCCAGUGCAGCAGGGUUAUGUUACAUUACCAGACUGUUAAAGACUCACACUUGGUGUUUAAUGCUGAGUACAUACACUGUAACUU